AACUCUGGGUACUUGACGCCAAGCCCGGCAGCCGCGAGACGAUCGCUCGAGCCAUAAGCACAAUCGCCCCGCACACCAAAAGACUUGGCAAAAUUAGACUCCCGCAUUGUUCGCUCUCAGAAGAGGAGGUGCGGCAGCUGCUGCUGGAACUUCACAGCGGCGGGAUUAGGAGCAUUGGUGUAGGGCUGACGCGCUUCACAAAGAACACUGAAGGGCACGUGGAGCUAUUCGUGGCGGAUGACCUACCGGACUUUUUCGGGACUGCGAGUGCCGUGCAGCAAGUCAUCGCUCAGCUACAGUCCCGGGACGCCGGGGACUUCGAGGCCCAGUGGCCGGAGCUGAGGAGGGCGAUGGAGGAAGCGGGCGCCUCAGCGCGGCACUGGUGGGAGGUGCUGCUGAGCCGUCCUCACGAGCCCGCGCUCGCCGAGUUCGCUGCUCGAAAAACUCGGAUGGAAGACGAGCAGUUCAUGAUACAGAGCACGCGCGACCUGGAAGCGGUUGCACUGAUGCUGACUUACGCGCAAGACGUGCUCGUCAAAGUGAAGGCUUCGUUAGAAGCUUUGAGAAGCCCAGCUUGGGAACAGGUUUUAAAGCAUCAUACCGGAACAAUGCAGCUGGAAAUUCUUGACAUGAGCCCUGAUUUUACACCAUGUGAUGACGUACUGCAGCCUCUACUCAGCAGCAGUUCCAAGAUCAAAAGUUUCCAGGGGCACAUCAGGACGGAGGCAGGCAUCGCGGCGCUAGCUUCAGCGGCCGCGUCAGCGUCCAUACACAUCAGGGUCGAGGCGCCGCUCAACCUCAGCGCACUGCACGGGAAAUACGCUGAACUGCACGUUUGCACGCCCGUACUUGACACGGCUGUUGCAGCAGCGCCUCUACCAGCCCUGCCUUCGCCCGUGCUGCAGGUUCUCAGCCCCGGUGCUGGCACCUGGGAGGCCGUGGCCAGGACGGUGCUGACUUAUGCACCAAGAUGCAAGAAGUUGUUGGCAAUCGAGCUGUGGCAGUCUGCGCUAAGCGAGGAGGAGGAGCGACUGCUGCUGUUGACCCUGCACGAGAAGAGGCUGAAGACCAACGAUGCCGGCAUCACACGCGCCGAGCGCCAUGGAGCACACCGCAGGCAACUCCGCCUCUGCGAAGACCCUCCCGCUACCUACUCACCGUGACUUGCCCCCAGGGAACAGGAGUGAGCGAAGUACUUCAAGCUCGAGGAUGCCUGCUUUUGUGGGGCAGUCUUCGGUUAACAAUGAAUAGAAAAUAUUGACUAAACUGUCAUGUUUUCCAAGGAAUGUCCAUUUGUCUAUUGCUGACACCCAUGAGGAAUGGAACCCACACACUGGCGAGGAAUGGAAAAGGUCCAAAAUACGGGGUUGAACUUUGUGGGACGUGAGAUAAGAAGUAAAGUUUUUCGAUCACAAAAUGAUCUGUGGCGUUGCUUUCAUGUUUUCUAUGUUUUUCGACUGUUGCCCUAACAUCAAAAAAUCCCCUGCUCGGCAUCGAACUUUCAAAAAAUGCUAGAGCAUACGGGCAUUCAUAAAUGGGUGUUACUUCUUCUGUUUUCAUUGUUCUGCGAUAAUAUUAUCACCUUUAGGUGCUGUAACUGCUUGUUUAUAAGAUCCGUGAUUGUUUUUAGUGCACAUCACUGUUUGUAUCUGUGACGAGCGAGAGACCCAGUGUUUCAACGACCCAUGCUUCACAUAUUGCAUGUGUGUGAGUGGCUCCAAUUUGAAAUGAAGGAAAUAAGAAGAAUUGGCGGACCUGGCCGAAUAAGAGAAAAAUUUAAUACUAUGAGGGGACAAAAAAUUGCACUAGACGAAUAAGUUUGUUGCCAAAAAUUGGCCAAGGCGUCUUUCGUAGUAAGACUUGCUUUUUUACAUCUCGAACCUGGUAUUGAGUUGGUUUCGUCCCGGGGCCCAGUGCGAUGAUAAAACACAGAAACUUUUAAGCUUCACUAUUUUCGAAAAUUCUUUUGUACAUAAUGACGAUAUUUAAAAAUGUAUAUAAAACGAAUGUGUUUAUUUUUCUCAGUUUUUGACAGCCUGAUAACAGUAGAGUUAUACCAUAGUUCUGAGAGCCUGAUAACAGGAGAGUUGUACCAUAGUUCUGGGAGCCUGAUAACAGGAGAGUUGUACCAUAGUUCUGGGAGCCUGAUAACAGUAGAGUUGUACCAUAGUUCUGAGAGCCUGAUAACAGUAGAGUUGUACCAUAGUUCUGGGAGCCUGAUAACAGUAGAGUUGUGCCAUAGUUCUGAGAGCCUGA